AGGAAGGUAUGUGACCUGUAAAAUACCAUACCGCUUGGCUCGGUCUCCAUCGGCCUAGUUAUCGGCGAGUCUCUCGCUCUCGUACCUGACUCUGGGGGUGUGAUUGUGGGCAGAAUUCUCUUACGGUACGCAGUGCCGCGUGCGGGUGGCCCUCGUUAAUUUUCCUCAUCCUUCCAUUCAAUCUCGUUUUUACUAUGCGCGAUUUUCCAACCGCUUGCAACGAGGCGUUUUUUUCCUUACCAUUGACCAUACUAAUUUCCAUUGAUUCGAAUAAUCAUAAUCAUCAAAUUUGCCGUCAAAGUUCCAGAAAAUUUGAGACCACCAGGGAAGGGCAAAAUAAGGAUAAGACAAUGACAAGAAACACUAUCGGUUUCUGUUAUCUUCCUUCCCUGCAGCAAAUGACAAGUCAGGGUUUUGCAUCAAUUUACAUUUUUGAUUUCAUAUUUCAUUUUUCUUAUAUUUUUUUUUUCUCUUUCUCCUGUUGACCUCCUUGCAGAGGCAGAAGAAAGACUCAUCUUCUCGAAUCCAAUAGUAGCAGUCGACAGAGAGGACGAGAAUCCAAGUAGGGUAAAAUAAAAAUGUUCCGUUACUGGUGCAUACGAGACAUACAGGGCAAACAAACAAAACUAACAUUGUUUCUGCUUGGCCAACUUUGGUGCAGCAAAAUACUCCGUCUGGUUUACUUCAGAGUUUCCCUACUUACGGUUACCAUUCAAGGGCCGUCCUACCCGACCUUCCCGUCACCAAUAACCACGAGCUCAGCCAACCGGGAAAGCGCAAGGGGCAACUUGGAAAAGGAAAAUCCCAUCCCAUGCCAUUUCCGGGUGCAGGGCAAAACGAGUGUAAAUUAAAAACAGAAAUAGUAAACAGAUACAAUGUCGAGUCGAUGACACUGCAUGGUUUGAUUAUGAUACGAUGCUUCGGACAGGGUUUAAUCAAUGGAUCAUCGCGAGACUCCAUUCGAGAGUCGUAGAAUCAAACCGCCUCCAUGGUCGGUGGUCCCG